AUGGACCAAAACACACCAGCCUACCUCCACCCAAAGUACCCAACCGCAGAUGACUUCCCCUCCGCGGAGGAUCCUUUUCCACGCCCGUCGCCAGCUGAGUUGGACGAAUUGUUUGUCGCAGAGACGAAGCAGCUUCUUCAGCUCGGUGGCCUGCGCACAUUCGAGUCUAUUCCCCUUCAGGCGCUAGAAGGAGCAGCCACUUUACCUGCGAAUGACACCAUCCAAGUGGACGAGAGUCGAUGGUUCAACGUCUUCCGCAGAGAGAAAUGGGCGAGUUACAACCUCGAGAUUCCGGGCUUUGGUCGCAAGACGUUGAACAUCGAUGACGACGUCGUCUGGGGGCGGUUGAGCCUGGCGAUCGAGGUUGCGAACCGCAUGCUCGAGCAAGCUCUAAACCACACAUGGCUCGCAUCUUUCCUCGCCGAGAACUCAAUAAGAGCACAGCACAACGUGACGACCACGGUGGACGAGAGGAGACAUCCCAACACGACUGUGUUCUACGUGGCCCCCCUUUCCGAGAGACGCCGGGGGAAAAUGCAGGUCCCCGUAGACGAGUUGAACAGGCUUUCCGAGAACAUCUUCUGGGGUUUCCACCACACCGACGAAUUCGAUGGUAUGUUGGGCAAGACGUUCGGUAAUCCGUACCAGUUUUGCACGAUCCAGACUCGAAUUGUCAAGGGUUUAUUUGUGAGAGACACGAGGGGUGAUCCGCAUGGGAGACAGGCUGCGUGCGAAGUUGCCGUGGUAAUGAUGCAUGAGCUGAUGUUCUUCAACGAUGAAAAAUGGGGCGAAUCGGGCUUCUCCUUCGAGAUGAACUUCUUCGGCACCCUCCUCCGCAACACCUGGCCCUCCGACAGUCCCCGGUUCGCCUGGCAAGCCAUCCGCGGCCCGCAGCCCUGCCAAACCGGAAGGUUCCAGUACUAUGGCGGCUGGUCCUUCGAAGACCCCUUCAUCGACGACCGCCGCUCCAUCCCCGCCAGCCUCCCCUGCAAAUUCUCCUCUCAGGACUUCUGGGACGUCCAGGUCAACAGGUACGGCCCCGAAGGCCUGCGCAUGGACGAGGCGGGCGUCGCAGUCUCGCGGAGCAAGUUCGUCGGCAACGAGUGGUCCGCAGAGCGCGCGGAGCUGGUGACCGGGGAGAACGGGCAGGCGGCGAGUGGCGGUCUGGCGGAGAAUUUGUGGUUGGUCAGGAGCAAGUUAAGGAUUCUGAGGCCGUGGUAUACGCCGCAGUACGCGAUGUGGUUUCUCACGCCGUUUGCGCUGACGCAGUUGAGGGAGGGGUUGGGGGCGUUGACGACGCCGGGGUGGUCUGUGAAGCACGAGAGCGACGCGUGGGAUGCGGCGAAGAGGAUGCUGUAUCCGUUGGCGCACACGGAUGAUCUCUCGCAGAAGACGACCGAUGUGAGUAGGUUCGGGAUGGGGAGGUGGUUUUAUAGGGCCGUGGCAUGGCUUGCGCUCGCGUGUCUUCCUGUCAGGCACUCCGUGGAGGAGUGGACUGAUCAGACGGUGGGCGAGUACCCCCGGCGUCUGGAGCGCGGCAGGAGAUUCGCCGGUCCGGAGGGGCUGCUGGAGAAGGUCAUGGAUGUCGGACGAGACAGCAAGGCCAAGAGGAGGCAGAGGACCAUCGGACCCGCGCAGGGCCCUUCGCAUUCCAGGGAGCUGUGUCUGUUCAACGCCCAGCGGGCGUUCUGGAAGUGGAGGGGCGGAGCUGUCGUAUGCGACGAGCUUGUAAGGGAGUUCGAGACCGCGUUGAAAGUCGUCCGGACUGGGCUGGACAGGGCUCCUGAGGAUGACACCUGGCUGGACUGCGGAUUCCGGAUGCCGGAGUACGAGGGAUUCAUCCGUUUACCAACCGGGUUCGAGGACCUGACGUGGAACGAUGAAAAGGAUGCGGACCUGCCGACCUGGGCUGUUGCGAUGCCCGUCACCGCCGCCGGUGGGCAGCCAGCCAGGCAGCAGAGGGUGACGUAUUUCACUCCCGGUGAGAUUGGAGAUCACCAGCUGCUGGGAGAUGGCAAGAAAUGGGCCAUAUGCAUCAACGGGGCCCCACGCAAUGCUGAGGUAUUCGACAUCAGCGGCUACGUCCCCGAGACCUGGGACACCGGUCUGAGGAACAAUGCCGUGGUGCCCAAGUUCAGAACGAACCAGCCCGUGGGCCGCUACCUUCAUUGCGAGGCCUUCUGGUUGACCAAGUAUCAACAGAUGCUCAGAGAGGGCCCGAUCGGGCGGGCCAUGCUUUGGAGAAGGAGGGAGGAUGUGGAAUUGGAUCAUGGGAGAGACGGACGGUCUCGAUGGAUUGCUAUGGGAAAGGAUGUGUUUGAUGUUACGAACCUUGAACUACCCCCCGACAUGCUGGAACUGCAACAACUCCUCACAAGCAAGACAAAAACACCCGUCUUGGAUGCUAUGGAAAGGGGCUACCACCACGAACACAUCUUCUCCAACCUCCGCCCCUACCAGAUCGGCUGGAUCAAGCCCGAAAAAACGGCUAAGCGGCGGAUAGAUCGGAUAUUCACCGCCGAGGAGGUGCGAUGGCACGCGUUCCGGGAGACGGGGAUCUACAUCAUCAUCAACAACUACGUGUAUGACUUCACAGAGUACUGCGACGUCCACCCGGGCGGGAAAUCCAUCAUCGAGCAAUACGCCGGCGGAAACGCCACCGAGGCAUGGUACCGAGUCCACUCGAGCAACGACUCCGUCUUCGGUGUGGAUGUGCACGGAACCCUCAAGAGCUUGCGCAUCGGCAGGGUGGUGCCCGAACAAGAAGCCCGACAACCGCUGUCGUCGACGCAGAUCCGGAUCCGCGAGCUCAUCUUCGGGCGCGAACAAAUCGACCCCGAUCACAAGGCGUUCCUCGAGAAUCUGCAGCCGCACUGGGGCCACGACCGCACGUACGCGAUGUGUCAGCAGGAACCGCCGAGUAUCCUCAAAACGCUGUACGAGAAACGCAAAUACGUCUCGGCCAAGGUCGUCACUCCACCGAACAACAUGCGGUUGAUGUCACGGACGACGCUGCGGGAGAUGAACGGCGGCGAGGCGAUCGGGAUGGGCGGGAGGAGGGUCGGGUCCAAGGAGUCUUGGAUCUCGGAUGGGGAGUUUGUUUAUAACAUGACGUCUUUCAUCAGGUACAGUCCCGCGAACGACAUCACGAAUUACCUGAAGCAAUGGGCCGGGAAGUAUUUGGGUACUUCGGAAGACGAUGGACGGGCGAAGACCUGGCUGAGGGAGAAUUGUCGACAUCGGAUUAUUGCGCGGUACUCAAGGGCCGAGGAGUGCAAUACGUGCUGGAAGACGGAGCCGCGGCCGAUCCCACUGAAGCCCCUCAACCCGCCGCAAGUCGUGACCGUUCCGACGGUUGACUUGACCGAUCCAGAGACCAGGGCGUGGUGGACGGGGAGGCAGUGGGGUCAACUCGUUUGGAAGGGGAGGAAGCUGGAAUGGGACGGGAGGGAGCUCGACUUGGACGCCAGGGAGCUCGGCUGGUAG